ACUGCUCCUUCCUCUCAUUCCGAAACCAGCUGAAAACUAAUAACCACCUCCGAAACUAGCAUUUUGUUUCUUUCUCCAUUUAAGCACUUUCCGAGAGAUAAAAAUAUAAACCAUGGGCAAUUGCUUAGUCCUUCAAGAGAACAUCGUCAAGAUCGUCAAAACCGAUGGCAAAGUUCUUGAAUACAAGGCACCCAUUAAAGUCCACCAAGUUUUGACACAGUUUUCGGGCCAUGAAAUAUCUGAGUCACUGCCUGUCGUCCGGCAUCUCCAGCCCAGCACCAAGCUGCUCCGAGGUCAGUUAUACUACCUCGUACCGCCGGCACCGAAAGCUGCGGCAAAAAAGGUAAGGUUUGCGAAUCCAGAAGUAGAAAGUGAAGAAGAAGAAAGCAGAGUGGUAAGGAUUAAGGUGGUUAUCAGUAAGAAGGAACUGCAGAAUAUGCUGUGCAAGGGAGGUAUUUCAAUUAACAACAUAUUACCUCUAGUUCGUGAUGAAAACGGAGAAGAUCAUGAUGGUGAAGAUAAAACUGACUAUGGUUGCCAAGAGUGGAAGCCAGCACUAGAAACCAUACCGGAAGUAAACUAGCGAUAUUUUUCUUUUGAGUUACGUUUUCAGUGUUUUUUCCUCAUAGCUCACUAGUUUUGAUUAGCAUGCUGAGUAACGCUGUAUUAUACGCACAUACAUAUCGGAAAAACACAAUUAGCAUCUCAUCCUGGUGAGACAGGCGAUCAAUACUUCACAUUCUCUCA